CCUGGAUAAUUAUCAACUUCGAAUAGAUAAAAACCCGUUGAAAAUACUUCGUAUAAGGAGAGUAUGUUUCACUUUUCAUCUUUCUCUCUUAUAUUUUUAUACCGAUAUCGAUUAAUAUCGUACAAAGUGUAUAUAUUAUCAUGCGAUUGUAGAAACUUAACCUUUACAUUUUAAGUUGACAGAGGGUAUUUGUAUUACUGUAUUAUUCUUACAAAGCGGGGGGCAUGGCUUGUGAAACUUGUAAGGUAAAGUUCAGCCUUUUUACACGCAAGAAACAAUGUAUGGAUUGUUUGAGGUAUUUCUGUUCUGAAUGUGUGAUCAAACGAUUGGACAAGAUAUUCAACUGUGAAAGUUGUAAUCUAUUGUCUCGAAGACCUUUGAUACAAAAUCAAAUUGUACAAGUACGUUCUAAAGACUUGCGUCAGUAUCUGUUGGCAAAGAAAGUACCUAUUGAAGGAUGCAUCGAGAAAGAAGAUUUAAUAAAAUUGUUAAUGACAUUUGCUAACGGUACCAGUAAUUAUUGGAAUACAGAAGACGCAGAAAAUAUCCACGGUUCUCCUUCUAAUCAAUCGGCAACAACAAACUAUGAAUAUAAUGUACAGGACUUGAAUCAGAAUCGUGAAACGAAUGCUGCGACAAUUUCUAGAAUUAACUUUUACGCAAAUGGAAGAGCAGAAUCUAUACACUCGCAAGAUGAGAAAGUAACAAAAAUGUCUGAUACAUUUGUAGAGAGCAUUGUAGAUCCAGUGAAAUUAUCUGAUAUAAAUACGUUAUCAGAAUUGGAACAUUUAAGCAUGAAGCAGUUGAAAAACUUGUUGAGUACAAAUCGAGUCGAUUACAAAGGUUGCAUAGAAAAGUAUGAAUUAUUGGACAAAGCUUUCAAGUUAUGGGAAGAGUAUAAGCGGUCAAAAACAAAAGUGGAUAUUCCGGAUGCAGAUGUAUGUAAAAUCUGUUGGGAUGAACCUAUGGAAUGUGUAUUUUUAGAAUGUGGCCACGUGGUUUGCUGCCUCAACUGUGGUAAACAAAUGUCUGAAUGCCCAAUAUGUAAACAGUAUGUGGUGCGAAUAGUACGACUUUUUAAAGCUUAACAACAACAGUGCGAUUAUGUGUAAUAUUAUAGAAAUAACACUUAACGCGAAAGAUAAAAGAAAGAUCGAAUAAUGUUUACAACUGUCGAGAUGUCUCAGAUUUUAAAAAGUAAUUGCUUACUGGCGCAUUCUAUUCAUGGGGACAUAGACUGUAAUAUAGUUCUGAUUAUGUCGAACUUUUUAUAUUAAAAUUAAUUGUAAUUAUAUAACGUACGCUAAUAUGUAGCCCAAGUAUGUUUCAACGCUUUUAUAAAUUUUCACACCUUUUCCUUUAAAAAUAUGAACGAAAACGGUGGGACACUCAAUCGAGCCUUUAUCAAAUACUUGUUUCAUUGUACUUUCUUGGUGCGCUAUAUUUGAAGAUAUCGUAAAUUAAUAUAAACGCUCAGAAACGUGUCCUUUCACUCUUGUUUUAGAUUCACAAAAAAGAAAUUCAUUGAAAUCGGCGACCCUACUGUUGUGACCUCUCGUUAUCAAUUAAAAUUUAUCGAGUCACUACUUUGAAUUAACUACGUACUAUAUAUCAUACAUAAUGUAACGAUGUGUAUAGUAUAAGUAAAAUACUUUGAACCAUUCUACAUAUUCGACCAGCCGGAGUUACAUUCUUUCAUUUCAUUCAUCGAACCUUCGCUUG